AUGGAACGGAUAAAGGUUGAAGAAGAAGAGGAGGAGGAGGAAGUGGUGAUUGUCGGCGGUGGCGAUGGCGGUGGUUCGUCGCCUUCAUCGUCUUCGUUAUCAUCUCCGGCGUUUCCACCUCAACCAAUGGAGGGUUUGCAUGACACUGGACCUCCUCCUUUCCUAACCAAGACAUUCGAAAUGGUGGAAGAUCCAUCCACUGAUUCCAUCGUGUCCUGGAGCAGAGCUGGAAAUAGCUUCGUCGUUUGGGAUUCCCACAUGUUCUCCAGUACUCUCCUCCCCAAAUACUUCAAGCACAGCAAUUUCUCCAGUUUUAUUCGUCAGCUCAACACUUAUGGUUUCAGAAAGGUUGAUCCUGAUAGAUGGGAAUUCGCCAGCGAAGGGUUCCUUGGAGGACAGAAGCAUUUGUUGAAGACCAUCAAGAGAAGGAGACAUGUCAAUCAGAACAUCCAACAUCAAGAAGGAGGACUAGGAUCUUGUGUUGAAUUGGGCAGGUACGGUCUCGAAGCCGAAAAAGAGAGAUUGAAGAGGGACCGUAACCUACUCAUGCUGGAAAUUGUGAAGCUAAGGCAGCAGCAACAGUCCUCCAGAGAUAAAAUCGUUACCAUCGAAGAACGUCUGCAAGGUACAGAGAGGAAGCAGCAACAUAUGAUGGCUUUCCUGUGUAGGGCUCUCAAGAACCCAGCUUUUGUGCAACAACUUAUUCAGCUAAACGAGCAGGACGGAGAGCUUAGAAACGGCGGCAUUGGUAGGAAACGAAGACUACCUCCAAGCCGGAGCACCGAAAACUUACAGGACGAGACUGCAUCAGCGAUUGUAGCAGCAGAAGCCAUAAGUUCUCCCCAAUUUCCGAGUUUCAUCGGUCGAGCCCAGGAAGAAGUGCCCACCGUUGAAUCAGAUAUCGAGACUUUGUUCUCUGCAGCCAUUGAAAAUGGGCCGAACAGAGCAAUUAAGGGCGUGAAGGUUGAUGUCAACCCCAGUUAUAGCGAUCCGGAUUUGGGUACAGGUGCUACUGAUUUAGCGUGGGAGGAAUUGCUGAAUGAGGAUCUGAUUGCAGGAGGAGGAGGAGAAGAAAUAGAAUUAGGGAAUAAUCCAUCCGAAAUUGAUGUGGAAGUUGAGGAAUUGGUUGUCCAACCGGCCAAUUGGGGUGGAAAUGUGGAAGACUUAGUGGAACAAAUGGGAUAUCUGGUGUCAAAUAAAACCUCAAACGAGGUUGGAUUGGAUGGAUUGCAGAUUGCAGGUUCCUGGUCUUGAUGUCAGCAUUUCCAUCUUCUUCUGUGCUUCCAAUAUCUGUUGGGGUACGUUGAUUGGAACCUCA